AUGAAAUACUUUGCAAUUUUCGCCCUUGUCUUUCUUGCAUUUGCCGCCUUUGUGCAAAGUGCUCCAGCGGACGUGGAAGUUCCAUCGGAUGGCGUAUCUGAAGCGAUUGAACUGUGGUCAUCAAGCAGCGCUCGCGCAGGGGAAUCACGCCGUCGUGUUUGUACCGCACAGCUUUGUCGUGCGGUCUGCAGUUCGUUGGGAUACCGCUGGUCCCGCUGCAAUGCUCAAAGAUACUGCAUCUGCAGUCGUUGA